CGCUCCGCUUGGUCCAGCCGCCAGGCCCAGUGCUCACUUCGCCAGACCAGGGCACUCUGCGGAGACACCCUCACUCCUUCCUGGGGUCCCGGACGCCUAGCCGGGCGUGGGGGGAAGCUCCGCUUGCGGGGUACAGGGAGGGAGGAGCCUGGAACCGGAGCCAGCGCCGGCCGUCCCCGGAUCGACAAGACAGGACAGGUUGAGGGGCGUCGGGGAAGGAAGAGGGGGUGCUAUAGGCAGUCCCGGGGAGGACAAGGGAGCCCUGUCGCAGAAAGCUCUGAUGAGCUCUGACUUAUAGCGGGUCUGUUCACAUUUGGGGACCCGUGACAACGUGGGUGCACUCCUCUCUCGGGGGGCUGGUUGGAUUGGAGGGCGUGGGAUCUAAACAGCACCAGCUGUCCCCGAGGAAAUUAGGGGCUUCCAGAAAAAAAAAAAAAGCCAAAAACCUAUGCUCCUUAUUCCGAGGUGACAGAGGGCCCUCCAGACAACCGCCUGGUGUAACCACUAGGAAGGGCGGAUUUGGAGGUGACUUCAAAAGGAGUGGAGGGUAACAAGGUGAGGAAAGGGGCUCAGCAGCUGGAACCCUGUGCCACUAGAAAUGGGGGUGACUUGGUAAAAACCGGUAUCAUCCAGAGACAGGGUCUGGGAACCUCUUCUUGCUGAUUGGCGACAGUCUGGAUAUUUCAAGGCAUAGUUUUUUGGGGAUUUCAGUGAAAAAAAGUGGGGGAUUCUUCACUUAGAGGGUGGCAAAGGAAAAGACACCAAGGUUGGGUUCUUCCUAGACACUGGCAGCACCCCAGCAGGGGUGGGGUGAGCUAAUAUCCCCAAAGCUAAGGACCCACACCCUUAAAAUUACAAGAGUGGCUUUGGCAGGAGUGCAGGGCCCGGAAAUAGGGUGGAAAGGUGCCUGGGGAUAUUGGAACCACAUCCUGGAAAAUUUGAGGGUCUUGGCUUUGGGAUAGUGUUAGUGGGGGACAGGGACACUGGAGAUCAGAGAGGGGGGAGUUUUCUGUGAGGGGCAAAGGUCGAGGGUGGGGUCAACUGAGAGGUACAUAGGCUGCUGGGUCUGGCGAAGCUAGCACGAGGCCCAAGGGUGGGAGCUGGUGCCUGGGGUGGGGGUCGUCUAGGGCUUAUCCUCAGGUCCCGUGGGUGAGGCGGCGAGUCGGACCGGAGAGUCAAGAGCAUGUCCUGGUGAGCUAGCGGGCUUCUCUGGAGGGGGUGGGCAGCGCGCUCCGGGAGCCUGCCUGUUUUGGGGUGUCUCCUCCCGGGGCGCCAUGGCGGCACUGGCCAGCAGCCUGAUCCGGCAGAAGCGGGAGGUCCACGAGCCCGGGGGCAGCCGGCCCGUGUCGGCGCAGCGGCGCGUGUGUCCCCGCGGCACCAAGUCCCUUUGCCAGAAGCAGCUCCUCAUCCUGCUGUCCAAGGUGCGACUGUGCGGGGGGUGGCCCGCGCGGCCGGACCGCUGCCCGGAGCCUCAGCUCAAAGGCAUCGUCACCAAACUGUUCUGCCGCCAGGGUUUCUACCUCCAGGCGAAUCCCGACGGGAGCAUCCAGGGCACCCCAGAGGACACCAGCUCUUUCACCCACUUCAACCUGAUCCCUGUGGGGCUCCGUGUAGUCACCAUCCAGAGUGCCAAGCUGGGUCACUACAUGGCCAUGAACGCUGAGGGGCUGCUCUACAGCUCGCCACAUUUCACAGCUGAGUGUCGCUUUAAGGAGUGCAUCUUUGAGAAUUACUAUGUCCUGUACGCCUCUGCUCUCUAUCGCCAGCGUCGUUCUGGCCGGGCCUGGUACCUGGGCCUGGACAAGGAGGGCCGAGUCAUGAAGGGAAAUCGAGUCAAGAAGACCAAGGCAGCUGCCCACUUUGUGCCCAAGCUCCUGGAGGUGGCUGUGUACCGGGAGCCUUCUCUCCACAGUGUCCCUGAGACCUCCCCUUCCAGUCCCCCUGCCCCCUGCCAUGUAGUCCCCGGACUGGAGGCUCCCUGCACUCGCCACCACCACAGCCUGUCUCCCAGCCCUGCUUCUGGCCCUGCUCUCACCCCUGCUGCCACACUCAUGCCCUGAGCAGCCAGGUCCCACCAGGUGCUCUACCCUGAGGGAGCCUAGGGGCCGGCCGUGACUUCCGGGGCUGCUGAGACCCUUAGAUCCUUGGGCCCGGGAAAGGGGUCAGAGAGGGGGAUGUCUGAAAAUGGUCCUGGCUGAUCACUUCUUUCCUUCCACACUCACACCCUCCAAAGCCUUUUCCCGAGAUGGCGCGGGGGGUUCCAAAACUGACAAAACCAGGGCAUAAAUCUUCCCCACCCCGGGCUCAGCCAGUUCCUGGAGCCCUUUGCCCUUUUCAUGGCCACCAAGCCAUAGAUUUAUAGGUCCACUGGAGCUCAGGAUUAGUUUCCUUCUUUCCCUACUCCACCUUUUGCCUUGUUCCAGACAGGUUCUGGAACACCAGGCACCCCCAGCCAGGGCCAUUUCUGCACUCAGGUUCUGUGCUGGAACACAGGCAUGCUGCCAGGCUCUGUUCUGGAUCCAUCAGGCUUCUGUCCUUCACCCAGAUGGACCCCUGGUUUCCAAGUAGAGAGAGGCUGGAUUUGGGCCCUGUCCAGCUGUUGGUCUUGGCCUCAAUUGGGCCAGUCUCAGAUCACCACAGGUUUAACUUACCCCAGAGGCACUCAAUUCUAGAGCGUGGUGUUCUAGACACAUAUGGAGCCAUACUUCCUUCUGAAUCUCAGCUCUAGGACAUAGACCACGACUCUCAGCCCUUCCCUCUAGGAUGGAACUAGAGCCUAUAUAGCCAUGUUAUUGCUCUAGAGUAAGAAUUCUAGAGCCACACUCCCACCUUCUCUAGUGAUACCUGUUAAGCAGGAGCUCUGGAAAGGACCCAGCUAUGAUUCACAAAGAACUAAGUUCUGGAUGGAUCAAGAACCACUUCUUGUUUUCCCUAGACAAUUUUCCAAAAAUCUUAUUCUUCCUAUAGAAUGCUAACCUUAUUUUUUACAUGCAGUUUCUAGCUCCUGCAACUCAGCUGGGGUCCUGCCAGGGAACAGAGGCUGAGGAAGGGCAGAGGAGUUUUGGAAGGAAUCCCUGGCUCAUAGAAGGGCAGCUAGGAUGGGAAAGUGGCCAGAACCAUGGCAUGACUGGACCUGUGCCUGGGCUGGGGGGACAUGAACACUAAGCUACCUCAGCAGGAAUUCCUUCCAGGUCCCCUUUAAAGCUGAGGUCUUUAGGGUAAUGGGUCUAGAAUAAAAGAGACAAAUGGGACAUAGCUUUGACCCCCCCCAAAUGAGGAGACCCCAAUUCAGCAAUAAGUCCCACCCUUCUCCCCUACAGGUCAGGCCAAGGAGGGUGAGGGCCUCUUGGUCUCUAGACCUCAUACAGCCCUCCAGCUUCUAACUGAAUAGAACUUGCUUUACCUCAGCUGGGAGUUAGGUACCCAAAAAGGCUCUGCUCCCAGGGGACCGGUCUCCACUCCAUGCUUUCUCAAUUA